UCCUCAGUCCUUUCAUUUCCUCCUUUGAGAGUGAGCAAGAAACUCUCAGCCCACUCGGUGAGCUAAGAUUCAGAAGGAGAGGGGUCACAGCACGAGGGCACCCUCCUGCGUGGCUUCAUCUGAGCCAACCACACCUCCACUGGGUCACCAUCUGUGGUCUGGCAUCCCUUAUCCAGGAGGAGAAAGAAAAGCCUUGAGGACCGCCCAGAGCCUAGCCAGGCUGAAGAAAUGUCAGCGAUUGGAAGUUUUGAAGGUUUCCAGCCUGUGUCUCUGAAGCAAGAGGGAGACAACCACCCCUCUGAGACUGAUCACCUGUCCACAGAGGAGGAUGACCCAGGCAACGAAGCAGCGCCAAUGCAGACUUCCAGGCAACGGAGUGUGACUGAAUCAACACUCUACCCGAAUCCCUAUCACAGUUCUUACAUGCCGCGGAAGUACUUUGUUACACGGCCAGGGACCAUUGAGACUGCCAUGGAAGAUCUGAAAAACCACAUAGCAGAGACUUCUGGAGAGACCAUUCAAAGCUUCUGGCUCUUGACCGAGAUAGACCACUGGAACAAUGAAAAGGAGAAGAUUGCGCUGGUCACAGAUGAGACCCUCUUCAUCUGCAAAUACGAUUUCAUCAUGCUUAGCUGCGUGCAGCUGCAGCGGAUCCCCCUGAGUGCUGUCAGUCGCGUCUGCCUGGGCAACUUUACCUACCCUGGGAAAUCCCUGGACAAGAGACAGGGAGAAGGCCUUAGAAUCUACUGGGGGAGUGUGGAGGAGCAGUCCCUGUUGUCCCGCUGGAACCCGUGGUCCACUGAAGUUCCUUAUGCUACUUUCGCUGAGCAUCCUAUGAAAGAUAACAGUGAGAAGCUUCUAGAAAUUUGUAAGUUGUCUGAGUUUACAUCUAAACUUGUUCCAGCUAUCCAGAAUGCCCACAGGAAUGCCACAGGAUCUGGAAGUAAAAAGGAACUGAUGGUGUCAACUGAACCCAUUUUGAUUGAGACCUACACGGGGCUGAUGUCAUUCAUUGGAAACCGUAACAAACUUGGCUAUUCCCUUGCCCGUGGGAGUAUUGGUUUUUGACUCUUUUUGGUGUAUAAGUACAUCACCCAUAGAUAUGUCAUUAUGAAAGAUUCCAUUUCAGUUCACUAUAUUUUUGGACUUUUUUCCAACAAUCUCUAAUUACUUUUAAAUAGUAUUACACGAUUUUUAAUAUUUAGUAUCUCAGAAGCUUUCAGAGUUUGCUUGGGCUGAUAGAUAAUCGCUUCAGAUUUCAUAUUAAAAUGAUCAAAUUUCCUUAAAACCAAAAAAUAAGCUGAACCCAUCAAAUAAUGUUAUCAAAUGAAUGCCUGAUCAUAAACCCAGGGCAGACCCCAUAGGAAAAUAUUUAUUCUUCCUGUUAUUUAAGUGGAGGCAUUUUUCCAGUCUUGGUCUUCAGCCUUCUGAUCAUGAUUUUCUCUCCCAUUGGUCUCCCUCCCCUAUUAUUUUAGCCACCACCCUAAUGGGGAUGACUUCCAAAUACACAUUGUCAUCCCUAAUAUUUCUUCUCAGAUUCAGCUUUGCAUUUCUGUUGCUGGUCAUCUCCCUGUCAGUGUCCCAGUGGCCUUCACAUUCAACAUCUUCAAAACCCUGGAGUUCUCUGUGGCAUUUUUAUGGUUCCAGUCAUCUAUCCUUGAAAUUGAUCAGUUAUGAGUUCUUCAGAUCCUUUGCAAAAUACACCACGUAAUGACACAUCUACAUGUGGCUUAGCACUGUACCCCAAUGCAUAGAUGUCGAACUUCAAGUUGAUUUUUCUUUCAAAAUUGUUCACUUCAUUUUUCUCCUUUCUAUUUUCACAACUAUGUUCUCAGGCCAAGUUUUUAAAUUAUUGCUCACCUAGAUUAUUAUCACAGCCAUUUAAUCCAGAUUUCUGCUCCAAAGUUGACCCUGUUCCAAUCCAUCCUGCACCUGGUUGCCAGAUUCUUAAAAACAAUUCGAGUAUAUCACUAUCUGAUUGAGAACUUUCAGUGGCUCAUUUCCUUUUGCAGUUUUUGUCCAAACAUUGUUUUUCAAUAGCAUACCCUUUUCUUCAAGUGAAAUCUGUUGUAGAAGCCCAAUAUGUAAAAGAAGUAGAGCCACCGUGGUUGAUAUUGAGAUGGGAAUGCACUGACCUCCUCUCAUUUUAGGUCUCAGAGCUGCCCCCACGGGAUUCUAUGGACCAGAGAGAAUUAUGAGUGUCACUGAUUGAGUUACGCCCCCCCCCCCAAAUGUAUGUAUUAACUUGGUUAGGCCAUGAUUCCCAGUAUUCUGUGGUUGUCCUCCAUUUUGUGAUUGUAAUUUUAUGUUAAAGAGGAUUAGAGUGGGAUUAUAACACUCUUACCGGGCCGCAUCCCUGAUCCAAUGUAAGGAAGUUUCCCCAGGGUGUGGCCUAUACCACCUUUUGUCUUUCAAGAGAUAUAAGGAAAGGGAAGUAAGCAGAGAGUUGGGGACCCCAUAACACCAAGAAAAGAGCACCAGAAGCAGAGCGCAUCCUUUAGACCUCAGGUUCCUGUGCUGAGAUGCUCCCAGACCAAGGCAAGGCCAAUGCAUCACAAGGACCUUUCUCCAGAGCCAACAGAGAGAGAAAGCCUUCCCCUGGAGCUGAUCCCCUGAAUUUGGACUUGUAGCCUACUCGACUGUGAGAAAAUAAACUUCUCUUUGUUAAAGCCAUCCAUUUGUGGUAUUUCUGUUAUAGCAGCACUAGAUAACUAAGACAAUGAUGAACAUGGUUUCAAAAAUGCUGCCCUAACUCACUCUGUUCUCAUUGAUUUUUCCCUCUUAUUUCUUCUUUGUUUCUUCUCACACUUAAGUCUAAUUUUGAACAACCCAUGAGAUUUUCUCAUGUCUUUAAGAUUCUUUUCUUUUCAGUUCUCAUUUUAAUGUAAUUUUUAGUUUCUUUUGGAAAGAACCUUUUGGAUAUUGAACACAAGUCCUAAAUAUUAUAAUAAUUUUUUUUCCCCUGUCCCAAGAUCCAAAGUUGAGACACCUGGGUUGAUAAUCGAGUUAAAAGUUUUGGCUUUCUUUUUUUUUUUUUUAUUAUGAGGAGUCAUUAUUAAAGUCUUUUCUUUCAUUAGUUUAUUUCUUUGAUUUUGAAGAUUUGUCCUCUGGUACAUACGCAAACAUCAAUUUGAUGCAGGCAUUACAAACUCAACCCUUGAGUAACCCUUAUUUUGUUGUCUUUGUUUAUUUUUAUUAGAAUUUCUCUCCCUCCCUCUAGAGUCCCUUCCUGGCCCCCACUUUCUUUUUCUCUCAUGAUGUAAAAUAUUGUUACAGUCCCCAAGGCAGGGAACUUCUAUUCAGACUGUAAAAGGAAAUGUUGAAAUCCUUAGCUGUCCUGUCAACAGUAGUGGAAUGGAAAGUCGUUGGAUUAUUUUGGCACUGGUUCUGAAGCAGGCAUAAUUGGCAAAUUAUUGUAAUACUGCUGCCCAAAAAUCCCCAUUUGCUGCAAGAAAGUGGCAUUUGUUGGCAGAAGCCUCUGAAAUGCCCAGCACAUUCUUUGGAGUUGCCAUUUAAGGAUCAACCUGACAAUUGACUUCUCUCUGCACAUUUGUCCCCCUUGUAACCUAAGCCAGAACUAUUGCCAAAUGGCCUUCUGAAGGACACAGUGCAGCACCAGCAAAGUCAGAAAGGAUGAGGGGAAGGAGAUGUUCCUUAGCCCUAGACCUGUAGGAUGGCCUAUGAAGUCUAGCCUAUAACAAUAGGAUAGGCAUUUAAUGGAACCAAAGCUGCUUAGCAUGGAGAAGAGUGAGCUCAGAGAUGAUAGGAAAACUGUCUUCACAUCGCACAAAGACAGCCAUAUGAGAUAUUAGCAGGAUCUAGAAAGAAGGAUUGUGACCAGAGGAAGAAAGGAGUCAGGGAUUUCAAAAGCAAUUUAAGACUAGAAAGAACUUCUAAUAGUUUGAAAUAUCCAAAGAUAGAAUAGUUUGCUUCUUGAAAUAAUGAACCUCUCAUGGCGGUAUUCAAGGAAGGGCCAGACAAAGUGAAUAUUGUGAAAGGGAUUGCUAUAUUAUUAGGUUUGGAGAGAUGAUUGCUAUUAUCCCUUAAGGUCACAGGGAGGUCCUGGCCUACUGCUCUUUCCAGUGUAGUAUCUCCACUCCCAGUAAGGCAUAUCAUCUAAAUCAGUAUAUUCUCCAAAUAAUAGUCUGUAAUGAUUAGAUGGAAACCCUGGUGGUAUAGUGGUUAAGUGCUACGGCUGCUAACCAAAAGGUUGGAGUUCAAAUCCACCAGGCGCUCCUUGGAAGCUCUAUGGGGCAGUUCUACUCUGUCGUAUAGGGUCGCUAUGAGUCGGAAUUAACUCGACGGCAACAGGUUUGGUUUUCUGGUUUUUAAUGAUUAGAUAAGUAAACAGAUUUUUCUUUGGAAAGGGCUUAAUUAAUAAAUCCCGUGAUACCCUGAGAUAGUACUGUAAGUUUCCUAAGGUUUUAUUUCCUCAUCUGAAAAAUGGAGACAAUGAUACCACUUCUGCCUACUUCAUAAAGAUUGGGGACUCAAUGAAAUGAUAUUAAAUUAUUUUAUUAAAUAAAAAUCUUUGAUACUUAGCCUGAAGAGCUAUGAGACUUUUGCAGCAGCAAGUGGGAAAACAUCCAAGAGAACUAAAUUCGGUUUUCUUCAGGAAUUGUUUCUUGGUCACCAUAGUCCUACUAACCAUGGUAUUACUUGACAAUUGAUGUUUUCACUUGGGCUCUUUGUCCUUAAAUUCAACAGACAGUUACAAACCAGGGGACUUAUGUGUAUACCUGGGUUUUCCUUCCAGACGAUCAACUGGACUGUACCACCAAAGCUUCCCAAAGGGCCUUAUAGGUUUUAUUGGGGAAUAGGAUAAGGCCCAAGAGGUAUGGUGCUCCCAGCAUGUCAUCACAGAAAUGUCAAGGUUGGAGGUCAUGUUCAUUCGAUCUUUAUCUGACAUGAGAAUUCCAACUACACAAUCCUCAAUCUGCCUUCUUUCAGAAAUGGCUUAAUAUUUCUGCUGACAGACUGCACAGGCUUCUGAUGUAUACUGGGCCCUUCUGACAGAAAGUUUUUCUUCUGUUGAAUUGAAACCUGUAAUAGCCAUUUACCACCUCUUAAACUAAAUUUUUUUUUUUUUUGCACUGGAAUAGUUUCAGCUUAGUUUUCAUGCCUGGGUGUAAGGCAUUUUGGUACAGAGACAAGGCUGAUGGAGCCUCUAAUACUUGCAAAAGGGGCAACUAUCAGGAAUCACCAGACCUGACACCCAGAGGGCAGCUGGGACUCUUUGGAGGCCUGAUUUUUGGCCUUCCUCUAAGGCAGAAGAGAAAAGUGUGACGAGUUUGUUACUGUGGGAUCUUUCAUCUUGAGGCCUAUUCUCAUUGUCCCUUUGCUGAAGCAUCCCUGAAGAAGUCAACUCACAAAGCCCUGAUAUGAAAGAAGUAUAGAAAGCAUCUAAUCCAAUACUUUCAUUUUGUAGAACAUGAAACAAAGUUCCACAGACUAGAAAGAAAUUACUCAAAGAAGAUGGUGGAUUUUUGGCAAUACUGGAACUAGAAUCUAAAUCUUUCAAUAUCUUACUGCUGGCCUGCUGCUCUUUCCAGUAUAAUAUCUCCAUUUCCAGCUAAAUGCAUAUCAUCUAAAUCAGUAUAUCACAGUUGGUGGUUUAAUUCUUACAUGAGAAAACAACAGGUCACAGAUGUUUGUGGGAAUUUCCAGAAAUUACCUGUAUUUUCUUAAAGGCUAAGGUCACUCAAAGAGGUCUCUGGUUACCUAUCUGAUCAAACAGCCCAAACAAAGCUGCGGAAGCCAAAAGAGCCAGCAGAUGUUUUUGUAAGUUGGCUUUACCUCUGCCUGGCAUUUUGGGGGGCAAAAGAGGGGAGGGCAUAAGUAUUAAAUUCAGGCUUAAAAGUGCAUUAGAAAUUCUUUACACACAAGAGUAGAGGAUGUCUUGUGCCAAGGGGAAGAAAGAGAGAAACUAAUGCCUGUGGUUUUCAAAGGUUAAAAAAGGAGAAAAAGAAAAACAAAAAAACCUAAGUAUUUGCAGAGGGAUGAAUGCAUACUGGCUCUCAGCCAAUAAUUAUACAAGGGCUUCUGCCCACAUCCUGUAGCUGUGGUUUAGGGACGCUGCUCAUGAGUGACUUCUUAUGCUUAGUGGCAGGAAACUUUAGUCACUGAUGUGUAAACUCACCUUUGGUCUGCACCUCCCACAACGUGCUCUGAGGCAGUUAAGGGGCCAGGCCUCCUGAUUUUCUUGCAGAUACAACUUCCCCAGAGGCUAAGGAAGAACUCCAUUCGAGGCCUUAGGUGUAACUGAGCUUUGAUCAAUACUACCUUGUUUUACCCAAUUGUAGCCACCCCUUCCGAUAACUCUGUAGCCACAAGGAGGAACGAUGAUAUCCUCUACUAAAUCCUCUCUUCAGGCUCAAAAUCCAAGACAAAAAAAAAUGUGAGCAGUAUUCCAUUUCAGGGCUGCAGCCAAUGUGAAAUAUGAGAAGCAAAGUCAUGUGGUUGCUUCUGAGCCUAGAUUUUGUAUCUGCUGUGCUAUUUUACACUCAAUUUAAAAAAGUUCUUAGUAAACAUCUCACAAGCUUUCCUUUUCAAGAGAAGCCAAAUGGAAUUUGUAAGCCCAGUUUAAUUAGCUUUUGUGUUUUUAGGUAGGUAUGAGGGACCAUGACAAUACACUAUAGAUAGAGAUUGCUCUGGGAUCCAGUUUUCUGAUCUGCCACCUUUUCUCUCAUAUCCCUGUCCAGAACACUUAUUCCAUCCAUCUCAGGAAUGCUUUUACCUCUCUUUCAUACCCCCUGCUGAUUCUUUAUGAAAUCAUUCAACCUGAAUCAGAAAAAAAAAAAAAGGGACCUUAAAGUCCGUAUAGUUCAGCCUUCUACCUAUUGUAGGAGUGACCUCAAUCUAAAAGAAUUUGCCAUGCUGGGUUUUGGACUUGCUUGGUACCUGUGAUCCCUUCUUUUCCGCCUAUUUCCCCCUUUUGGAAUGGUUAUGUUUACCCUAGGCUUAUUUCAUCAUUGUCUUUUGUAAGCAGAUAAUUUGUAUCCUAGGUUUCACGGGUUCAUAGAUGGAGAGAAAUUUUUCCCCAGGAUGGAACAUACCCAGAAUCUCACCCAUACUUGAUUUGGAAGAUGAGAUUUUGGACUUAGAGUUGAUGCUGGAAUGGGUUAAGAAUUUUCCGGAAGCUGGUGUGGGGGGAACGUAUUUUUACACAUGGGAAGGACAUAAACUUUUUGGGAGCUAGUGGGCAAACUGUUAAGGACUGAAUUGUACUCCUCAAUAAAUAUAUUUAAUUCCUAACUCCUGUUACUUCUGAAAGUGACCUUGUUUGAAAAAAGGGUCUUUGAGAUGUUGCCUGGUAACAUGAGGUCAUACUGGAGUCAUGUGGGGUCUAAUCCCAUUUAAGUAGUGUCUUAUAAAAGAGAAGAAUAGAAACAGAGACAGACAGAAGGAUGACAGUGUGACUACACAGGAUGCAAGCCAAGGAACACCAAGGAUUGCUGGGGGCCACCACAAGCUAAGAGAGAGACAUGGAGCAAUCCCUUUCUCAGAGCCAUCAGAAGGAAUCAACAUGGCCAAUACCCUGAUUUGGACUUCCAGCCUCCAGAACUGUGAGACAACCAAUUCUUUUUCUUGAAAUCCUCCCACUUUGUGGUAUUUUGUUAUGGUAGCCCCAGGAAGCUAAGACCCAAUCCUAUGUCUUUCUCUGGUCAAAAGGAACUUUAUUACCUCUCUGUUCCGUAGUACAUCAGGUGGACCCAUUCCAUUAAUGGUAUUGUUUUGAUUGAACCAGGUAAGCAAGAAGUAACAACUAUUCUGACAAUUAUGUAAGACACAUGCAUGCCAGAGGGUAGGCAAUGAACCAUACCUACCCCCCAAGUUCUGAGGCUUUUGUCACUAAAAAUCACAGUCGUGAAUUUUCUUGAAGUUCAGUGAUCCGGAACAUGUCAAGAUACACGUUUAUACAAGACGAAGGACAAAUUCUGCCUUCCUAUGACUAAGAAGGAGUCCUGAUGGCGUAGUGGUUAAGGGCUCAGCUGCUAAACAAAAGGUUGGAAGUUUGAAUCCACCAACCACUCCUUGGAAGUCCUAUGGGAUGGUUCUACUCUGUCCUGUAGGGUCACUGUGAGUUAGUAUGUGUUCAUCCCUCUGCAAAUACUUAGGCUUUUUGUUUUAAAUUGCAUUGCCUAUUGAGGUUCUUUGGAUUUUGGAGGCAACACAUACCUCGUUUGGGUCUGCUGCUCAAACACAUUGACCUAGUAAUCCAAAAUGCUGCAGAUUUUUAAUGGGUUCCAGGACAGGUAUGGCUUUGCAACAAAUGCAGGCUGCUGUGCACGCUGUUCUAGCACUUUGGCUAUAUACCCCAGCAGAUCUAAUGGUGCUUUAAGUACCUGAGGCAGAUAGGGAUGUGGCAUAGAACCUUUGGCUGGCCCCUCUAUGUGAAUCGCAGGACAGAUCUUAGAAUUUUAGGCAAAGUUGUGCUGUGCUUUCAGAUAAUUACUUUUCUUGAGAAACAGCUUUUGUCUUGUUACUGGGCCCUUGUAGAGACUAGAUACUUGACCAAAAGCCACCAAGUUAUAACAAAACCUAAGCUGCCCAUCAUGAGCUGGAUGUUGUCUGGCCCAUCAAGGUACAACACAGCCCUCCAUUGUCAACUAGAAGAGAUAUAUACAAAAUUGGGCUCAGACAGGUUCUCAAGAUACAAGUAAGUUUCAUGACCAAGUGGCUCAGAGCACUACAGUACCUAUUACUGCCACAUUUUCUUCUCUCUUCCAACUCACACUCAUGGCUUCAUUGGGCCUGGUUUAUAAAGGCUCUGCAUGAUGUGCUAGCAUCACUUGUAAGUGGACAGCUGCAGCAUCUACUUUAUACCCAGUGCUGUCGAGCCGAUUCGGACUCAUAGCAACCCUAUAGGUCAGAGUAGAACUGCCCCCAUAGGGUUUCCAAAGAGCGCCUGGUGGAUUUGAACUGCCAACUUUUGGUUAGCAGCCAUAGCUCUUAACUACUGCACUACCAGGACUCCCUGAAAUUUGCUCCAAUAGCCCAGGUGAAGGAAAUUUCUCUGAGUGGGAAAAAGAAAUAAAAACCAUUUCUACGUCCUGCUUAAGGACACUUUCCCAUUUUACAGAUGAAUAAACUGAGACAUGGAGAGGUGAUACAGUUUAGCUGCUGUUACAAAUGCCUCACAAAGCCACUGGACACUGUAAUGGCAGAGACCCCAUGUAAACUUCUUCCAUUUUGACUCUAUCAGUUUGAGCUCAGUUUUGCAUAACAGAAUCCAUUUCGCUAUUUCAAUUACAAAGGGUUUAAUAUAGGAAAUUAGGGGCUUAGAACAUCAUUAGAAAGGCUAGAGGCAUGGGCUGUAGGUGAGAUUUCAGAAGUGUUUCUCAGAAUAACACUGCAAAUGGGCUCACAGAGGGAUUAAUUAUCUCUGCUAUACCCAGGAAACUGCUAUGCCAACAGCAAGCAUCAAGGUUGCAUCCCUUCAGCUACAGUUCGGUAGGCAGGAGCUGCAGGCUCCAGAACCAUGUUGUGUCUGUGAGAUCUCCAACAGCAUAGCGAGUGUGACACAUUUUGCCAACCCACCCUGCCCCCACAUCUGCAUUCCAUACUUAUCUUAAAGCAGGACACUGGAAGGGCAUUCCAUUUUCUCCUCUUAACAGUAAUUCAAAGAAUUUAUUGAGUAGGUACUAGGUAGUGAGCUAACAUCUUUACAUCCGUUAUAUCAUUACAUCAAUGAAUCCUCAAAGAGCCCUCUUAAGAAUACAAUAUUAAUAUUAACACAUCCAUUUUGAGAGGAGAAAUAUAAAGCGCAAAUUGGCUAAGAAGCUUGGCCAAGAUUACAUACUAGGAGGUAGACAACCUGGAUUAAAUUAGAAUUUAACCAUAACCAGAACCUAACUACAAAGAAACCUGGGGACUGCAACUUUUAGCCCUCUGGCCUCUACGGUACAAAAGACCCACUAGAACAAGGUUAGAACAAAUGUUGAGCUGGGAAUUACGUUCUCUCCACAAUCUGCUUUAUAUUAAAGAUAACUGUUUAAAUAUUUCUCCUCUGCCUGACUGUGAGCUCCUUGUAAGGAUCCCAGUUUCUCCUCUAGCACAACCCUUUAUGUAUAUAUUAGCCAAUCAGUAAAUGUCUUUAUGAUGCUGAUGCCAUAAGCAUUUUGGUUUCACCCAAUUUCAGUAGCACGUGUUUUAGCUUCUAUGAAACCGCUGUCUUUUUGUGAUCUGGUUCUACAGAACAGCAGACAAACUUCAGGAAGAAAGAGUAUUUUGAUUCUACCAAAGGUAUUUUUAUUUCCCAAAGACUUUGUUGUGGUUACAUCAAAAACACAUAGCAACACUCAGAACGUGUCAUAGCUUUAGAAAGUGAGGAAUGACAUUUUACUGGGGAAAAAAAAAAAUCAUAUAGAAGACUAACUGAGUGAUAACCAGGGCACCACUCAAAAGCCUGUUGGCUUCAGAAUAAGCUCAGUAAAUAGAAAUGUAGGCCACACCUAGCACAAGCAGAACAUGAUGACCUGGUAGAUAUGCUCGCCAGACUGGUGUGUCAGGAAAAGGCGAUAAGCUGAGGUUCUCCAGGCCUGCCAUCAGCUUCAGGGAGUAGAGACCAGUCAUCUGAUUCUGGCAACUUACCAGAUGAUGGUUCCAACAGUUGAGGCAGGGAGUUUAGAAGAAAAAAAGAUAUUUAUGGAAAUGCAGUGUGUUCAGAUUUGGAUACGUUGAGCUUGAAGGGCUGUGGGACGUCAAGGUGAAAAUGUUCCUGUCUAAUCAGCAGGUGGAUGUGAAGGUAUGGUGCUCAGGAGACAGGGCCUUUAGAGUCAUCACGAGUUAAAAUCUUAGGAGUGGAUUAGAUUGCUUAGGCUGAGUGUAUAGAACAGCACUAUCUAAUAGAACUUUCUGUGAUAAUGUAAAUGUCCUAUAACUCUUCUCUGUGCGACACAGUAGCCACUAGCUGUGAAAUAUUGGAGGUGAGAUAUAGGAACUAAAAUUUUUAUUUUACUUAAUUUUAAUUAGUUGAAAUUUAUAUAGCCUCAUAGGACCAGUGGGUGCCGUAUUGGACAGCACAAAUGUAGAAUGAAGAAAAGACACGACUGAGAAUGAAAUCCUCAAGAAUAGCAACAUUGAACAUCUAAGGUUCUUUAUCUUAAUCCCUCAAAGAUAAGCAAGAACACAGGACUUUUUUUUCUAUAUUUUAUCAAGUGAUAAAAAAAUGAUACAUAACAGUUUAUAUUGGAAACCAACAGCUUCCCAACUCACCUCUUUCUACUUUUUAGUGAUAACUUUAUUUAUGGUCCUGCUGGUGGUUACCCCAUAACUCUGAAAAUUGGUUUUUAUUGCUAUGUAUUGAUGUAUCAACAUCAGAUAUUAUCUAUUGAUUCUCUUCUAUGAAAGAACAAGAUUUAGUUCACGUACACUCUACUUCACACCUCCUUCCCUUUCCUUUUUACAUGUUUGUUAUUUUCACUUUCCUCUUUAUUAUACUUGUUACUGAAAUAAUAUGCUUUCACUUCUGUUUAUCUAUCAACUUUAGUUUCUAUCUCUUCUCCUUGAAAAUAAAGAUAUUAGAGGGAUAACUUUGUCUUCCACAACUCUUAUUUUUUGUCUUCUGUAAAACAGCUAUUCUACAUUAUCCAGGCUGUAAAAAUCUGCAAUCUGUUCCAUAGCCAUGUUAGGUGUUUUAUGCUUAUAUGCACCUAGUAAUUCUGGGAUAAGUAGUGACAGGGCUGAUGGAAGAAAGAAUGUAUGGCUUAAAUUAUCUACUUGUUUGCUUUAGUUCUCCAUCUUACCUUGCUGGUGCAAAAAUCAUCAUAUCUCAUAUGUCUUCAGAUUACAAAGCUCUAUUGUAUAUAUUAUUUUUUUGUGAUUCUCCUCCAAGUGCACAAGUUAUUUAACAUCCAUGUUUUGCAGAUAAAAAAAAUCAAAAUAGAGUGACUUGGCCAAGGUCAUGUAACUGAGAAUUAGGAAAGUUAAGAGUCAGUUAGGUUUUCUGAUGACACAUCACCUCACAAUUUUGCUCACAGGAAGGUUUCCUAACCACUCAAGUUUGCAAAAAAAAAGUUACAGGUUGAGUUUCUUGCCUCAGAUUUACAAUCCAUGGUGCCUGUUGGAGCAGAGAAAUUUGAGGCAUGUGUGUGGUGACCACGUUUUCUUUCAAGAAACUCAUAGAAAUGCCUCUAGGCAUCUGGGUACUUCAUGAACCUAAGCUGGCCAAUGCUUACCUCUUGUUAAAGAAUCAUCUAACAUUAAACUAACAUUUACGAAAUACUUACGUGCUGGUGUCUGGGCUAGGAUAUUUCAUAUACAUCAUCUCGUUUAAUCCUCACAGCAACUCUUUAAGUAGAGACUACAUCAGAGAUUGAAUUGGAUAGUUCAAAUCUUCAAUAAUUCAUUGCUGUGACUGAGUCCUCUCUUUCUGUAAAAGGGGGUAAAAUAACCUGUGCCCCAAACAUACUUCACAAAUGUGCAUAGUCAGAAGAUAAAUUGAUUUUGGUAAAAUAAAUGAGAUUAAGUGUUUGGUUGCCUGGGAGACAGGCAGUGUACACAAACCAAACGUUGUUGAGUAAUAGCAAAGUAUUAUAAAGCUUUGUUCCUGUUACCAGCAAUGGAAAUGACCCUAAUGGAUUGGCACUGUGGAACUCUCCUUGUGUACAAAAAACUGCAAACACUCUUCUAGCUUUCAACAUUUCAGUGAGAAUACUGCUAAAGUAAUUGUACAACGAGAUUGAUUUCCAGAUCCAUAAAACCCAUCCAGGGCACUUGCUGUCAUUCUCAUGCCAUGAUUAAUAUAAACUCAGUAAAGAGGUAUCCCAGCAGGGGCAGGAAGCGUAUAUGAUUUUGUUGGUCCUCUUUAAGCAAAAAGAAUAUAAAAUUAUAAAUAAAAGAUUUGGCACAAAAGUGAAUAUUCUUCUUCAUUGGCAAAAGAAAUCUCGACCAAUUACAGAUAUUGCGAACCUGAAAAAUAAGUAGACAAAUAAAAAUUCAGAAAAAUAGCCGUCUGUCUUCAUUAACACACCUCUAUAAUCCUUCAUUCAGACCCAUUGUUGGCUACAUACUGGUUGAUCACAUCUUCAUAUGACCAUAAACCAAAAAAAAAAAAAAAAACCCAAUGCCCUCGAGUCGAUUCCGAUUCAUAGCAACCCUGCAGGACAGAGUAGAACUGCCCCGUAGAGUUUCCAAGGAGCGCCUGGUGGAUUCGAACUUUUGACCAUUUUAGCAACCAUAGCACUUAACCAUUAUGCCACCAGGGUUUUGAUUAAAUUAUUACUUUCUGUAAAGAGAAUAGAGAGAUCAUGCAAUCUUUUCUCAGUUAACUGAAAUGUGUCUUCAUAAAAUUAUUAUUAACUGUUUAGAACAGCUGCAGUCAGCUUCACAAUUCUUUAUUGGUAAUGCUUUGUAAAUUUUAAAAAUUGAUCUCAAAUUUGGGGUAAUUUCUCUCAAGUUUCUACCAUACCUGAGAUGUAAGACUUGGAAGAAUUUUAACAGAACUCCUCCUGGCUCUGUACACUUUAUGUUUCUCUUGCAGUACCUUCCCGCUUCCUGGGCUGGAUGCCUUAGGGUACAUUUAUAUUCAUAUUAAUCUCCGUUCACCCUUUGGCCUUGCCCUUCCUUUGAAUCCCAGUGUCAGAUUAGACGGCAUAGUAGGUGGUAGAAGUAAUCUUUGAGGCAACUCCUAUAUCAGGAUAACCAAAUACCUUAACUCUUCAUGAAAGUGACUGGAACCACAUGAUUGUACCCCACUAAUUCCAAAAUAGACAUAAACUACCUCAACUUCCCCUUACCCAGAUCUCACAAAUGCCCACAGCCAUUCUAACACUUGACAGGGGGGAAGAAGUGAUGCAGAGAAGACAGACUGGAAAGGAACAAAAUUUCUAACCAAUUUCAGUUAACAUACCUGGAGCCCCUGGGUGGCGCAAAAGGUUAAUGCCUGGCUACUAACCAAAAGGUUGGGGUUCAAGUCCAACUAGAAACACCUAGAAAGAAGGGCCUGAUCAUCUGCUUCUGAAAAAUCGGCCACUGAAAACUCUAUGGAGCACGGUUUUAUUUUUUUUGUGUGUGUGUGUGCUUUAAGUGAAAGUUUACAAUUCAAGUCAGUUUCUCAUGCAAAAACUUAUACACACAUUGUUAUGUGACCCUAGUUGUUCUCCCCAUAAUGUGACAGCACACUCCUCCUCUCCACUCUGUAUUUCCCAUGUCCAUUCAGCCAGCUCCCGUCCCCCUCUGCCUUCUCAUCUCGCCUCCAGACAGAAGCUGCCCACUUAGUCUGAGGUGUCUACUUGAGCUAAGAAGCACACUCCUCACCAGUAUCAUUUCAUGUCUUACAGUCUAGUCUAAUCUUUGUCUGAAGAGUUGGCUUCAGGAAUGGUUUUAGUUCUGGGUUAACAGAGCUUCCGGGGGCCAUGACCUCUGGGGUCCCUCCAGUUUCAGUCAGACCAUUAAGUCUGGUCUUUUUACUAGAAUUUGAGUUCUGCCCCCCACUUUUCUCCUGCUCCAUCAGGGACUCUGUGUUACGUUCCCUGUCAGGGCAGUCGUUGGUGGUAGCUGGGCACCAUCUAGUUCUCAGGCUGAUGGAAUACACAGUUUUACUUUUAAAAAUUAUUAAAAAAAAGAAAAGAAAACUGUGCACGCAAACACAUUGUUAAACUCAUCUCAGGGCUUCGGAAGGGGGCCAGUAAAGGGAGAUACUUUGAAAUUUAGUCUUUCUUAGCUUCACAGUCAAAUCCACACCUGAUGCUAGGAUUGUGGAAGGAAUAACUUUUGGAGUGAGAGAACUUGAUUCUAGCCCUGACUACCCUACUGAUGCACUGUGUUGGCCUUGGGGAAACUAUUCAGCCCUUGAACUCUCAGUUAUCCCUUUAACAAAUGAGAGUUUGAAUAGAUAAUACCCAAAGGUCUCUACUACCUUGGACAUUGAGUUGUAUCAGAUAGAACUGGUUGCAAUGGCCAAGCCCACACAGACUCAGGACAGAGAGCGGCCAGGCCUAUGUUCACAAGACAGAAGCAACUGUAGCCAUUUCCACUCUGUUUUGGAAGCAGCUGCCUUAUUUUUACAAAAAUGCAGUCAGACAAAUCUUUUCAAGGAAAAAGGAGUAGUCUUUCCAAGGACUUUUGUCCCUUUUGCAUCCCAGUGAACUCUGUGUGAGUCACUUAUGAUUGAUGAAGAGCCGGUUUCCAUGGUGACAACUUCUGUCCUUCCCAGCAGCUGCAGAGCUUAACCCAACCCUGACACAGCUUCCUGAGCUGGGCUGGGCAGCCACUUAACCAAAGCAUCCAGGGCAGAACUUGACAGCUCUGCACUUUGGGCCCUGGAAGAGAUUCCAGAAGGGAGAAGGGCGGGAGUGUGAUGAAACCACUCAUCUUCUCCCUCAUAUUUUCCAUGGGUUACAGUCUCAAGAGGUAUGCCAUAGCUAGAAAGGAACAUUAAUGGCAAAGGAGUCUUGACCAGCUUUUCAAUUCUGAAUGGAACAUUUCUGAGUGGGAGGGCUUCUCCAGCAAAUCUUCCCAAUACAAUUGCUUCGGACCUUCAUAGAGUAAUCUUCUAUCUUUCCGGAUCCAUUGAGCUAAGUUUGCUAUAUCUCUCUUCCAGUAACUGCCAUCUCUUUUGCCACCAAUUUACUCUCUCUCCGACUUCUGGGAUUGUCCUCCUCUAGCUCCCAUUUCUACUGGUCUGUCAAUACAAGACCAAGAGCCAUUUACUUGAAUGGCGGGCUAUGCCCAAAAGUUAACAGACGGUCACAGCUGUGUUAGAGGAUCUAAGUGUGGAGUACAUUCUAAAAUAGAACUUGACCGCAGAGGGCAGGGAAACAUGCCGUGCUCAUCGCUGCCAGGGAAUGUAGCCCUGAAGCUUGGCUUUUUCACGCCUUAAACUCAUUAAACCCCCAGCCUACAUUUCACACAUCACGUCCCUCCAGAAUCUCUGGCUUUCUUCCUUCAAACUGUACACUCUUUUCUUCUUCAGCUCACUUCAGUUGGUCUUUUACCAACUUGCUGUUCAUAUUACUAUUCAUGCAGAAUUUUCUAAAUGCCAACACAAUACCAAUAGGGAACAGAAUGUCCCUGAGGAGGGAAGGUUUGCUCCAGUUAUUAGAAUUAUUGGAUUAUAGGCAUGUAAACCUGGAGAGGAUCCUAAAAAUCGUGUAGAACUACCAUCAUCAUUCUACAGUUUGGACAAAAAGAGAGAUAAAGAUCACACAGUGAGACUGGGCCAUAGCCAAAAAAAAAAUGGAAACUGACUCCAUGCUCUGUAUUUCUAUUAAACCACUUUUAAAAUCAUAUUCUCAACACCAAAUCAUUUUGUGAAGGUAUUUAAAUUUUGUAGAAGUGGUAGCCUAAUACAAUAAUAUAGCUAAUUACUUUAAUCUUUUGCUUCAGGUUUAGGAUAUUGCCUGGCCUAGAAGUGCCAAAGAAAUUAUCUCCUGGCAUACACGAAAGUCUUGGAUAUUAGUUUCCAUUAUCCAAAUUUCCAUAUACAAAUAGCACAGUUCAUAGCAAAGAAGUCAUUACAUACAUAUAUUCGACCAACAAGCAGUCUGACCUACUGACUGUACGCAUAUGCUGGGAAAACACAGAGGAGAGAAUGAUUGAUUUAAACUUGAUGUCCAAGGAAGGCUUUAAGGGGAGGUAGCAUUUGAACAGAGUCCCUGGGUGGAACAAACGGUUAAUGUUUGGUUGAUGUUCUUGGCUGCUAACCGAACAGUUAGAGAUUUGAGUCAAUCCACAGGCACCUUGGAAAAAAGGUUGUCAAAUUUCCCCAUUUUAGCCAUUUCUCUAUAAAGGAGUUUCAAGCUCUUUCAAUUUGCCUGUGUUCAGAUUUUAGCUUUGCUGUUAGCUAACUCCCUGGCCUUAGGCAACUGACACAAUCCUCUCUGAGCCUCAAUUUCUCAGCUAAGUACCUCAUAGAAAGUGCAUGUGAGAGUUAAAAUGACAUAAAUUCUGAAUGUUGUUCAGUAUAGUGUUUGGCACAUGUUGUUGUUGUUAGGUGCCGUCAAGUUGGUUCCAACUCAUAGCGACUCUAUGUACAGCAGAGUGAAACACUGCCUGGUCCUGUGCCAUCCACACAAGCAUUGCCAUGCUUGAGUGCAUCAUGGCAGCUACUGUGUCAAUCUGUCUUGUUGAGGGUCUUCCUCUUUUUCGAUGAUCCUCUACUCUACCAAGAAUGAUGUCUUUCUCCAGGAACUGGUCCCUCCCGAUAACACGUCCAAAGUAUGUGAGACAAGUCUCGCCAUCCUCGCUUCUAAUGAGCAUUCUGGCUGUACUUCUUCCAAGACAGACUUGUUUGUUCUUCUGGCGGUCCGUGGUUUAUUCAACAUUCUUCACCAACACCAUAAUUCAAAGGCACCGAUUCUUCAUUGGUCUUCCUUAUUUAUUGUGCAGCUUUCACGUGCAUAUGGGGUGAUGAAAAACACCAUGGCUUGGGUCAGGCGCCCCUUAGUUCUCAAAGUGACAUCUUUGCUUUUUAACACUUUAAAGAGAUCUUUCACAGCAGUUUGGCAAAUAGUAUCAUUGAAGUUCUUCUUCACUGCCUCAAAAUUCCGCGGGAAUUCUGAUUAGCUGAAUCACUUCUCGAGGACUGAGUUCAGUUGUGGACAGAAAAAAGAGUCAGUAUAGUUAAGUAUAAAAGAAGCCCUGGUGGCACAACUGUUAAUCCCUCAACUGUAUGAACCCACCCAGUGGCUCUGCAAGAGAGAGACCUGGUGAUCCGAUUCCAAAGAUUACGGUCAUUGAGAACCCUAUGGAGCAGUUCUACUCUGAAACACAUGGGGUUGCCAUGAAUCAGCACCAACUGAAUGGCAAUGAGUUUGGUUUAGCUACUAGCAGUAAUAGAAGAUGCCAGACUCUUUCUUCACUCAUCUUUAGACAAUUAUUUAAAAACAUAGCUUGUUAGUAAGGAAUCAAAUUAAUUUCUACUUGUAUACUUAUAUACUACGCUUACAAGGAAUUUGAGAUGGAAUGAGACUCUACUCCAGGUUCCCCUGGCACUGUACUGCUUGGUCUUUUCCACCAUUGGGCGUCAUGGAAAGCUUGAAAGAAUCUGGGCGGAGAACGUGACUUAUUACUCGGGUCCUUUCCACUCUUCCUCCGUGAAGCAGUGUGGUGAGGUGGAGAGAACAUGGGACAGGGAGUGAGCGCACUUGAACUCUGUCACGGGCUCUCUGGAUCUCAGUUUGCUAAUCCCUUAAAUGAGAGGAUGGAUGACAUGAUCCCUGUUGUCCUUUGAUUCUGAGUGGAAACAUCACACAGGCACAUUUUCUUCUUUUCUUUCUAGCUCAGGAAAAAGCAGGGAGAGGUAGCUGACAACAGUCUCCUUGCCAUCUCCCCCAAAAGUCUCCAAACCCUAAAGAGCAGGAUUCUGAAGUUUCACACAAAGGGUAGUUUAGGUUCUGCCCCUCCUAAUUAUGGCCCAUUAAGGCCCCAGAUCCCUUCUGUCUGGAGAAUGUGCUAUUUAACAUUCUCCCUGGCAGUGCCUUCGCCAAGGACGCAAGCCCUUGCACUCAUGUCUGUUGAUGUUUAUGUUGAGAAAGUAGAUAAUCCUCACUGCAGUGACAAGUUGAUUGAAGCAAGUAAAAACCAAAUAGGGUUUAGAAUUCUAAUUGCUGACAGAUUCAUAAUGGUGUGUGAGGCCUGGUGUCUGCCUGGCUGGCCCUGCUGUUCAGAACCAAGUGUGAAGUUAAAAGGGUAUAUUGUUUCUGGUAUGAGAUUUCUCAACUCCGGAAUUGUUUCUUUUCUCAGUGGAGUGGUGGGGGGAGGAACAUGGCUCUCUAAAAAUGAUGAAGAAAAACAGUCACAGUCCUUGAAACAAGAGGAAGAAAGGAUAUCAGGUGUGUUUUCUAGUGAAAGAUAAUGUGGAGAUGGGUCUAGGAUGGAGGACAACUGGGCUCUCAUUGAUCAGUGACACCAUGCAACUUGGUGCAAGUCAUUUAACUUCCCUGGCCCAUCUGUUAAAUGGGUAUGUUAGAUUGAAGUCAGUGGUUGUCUUUCAGUGGUUUUUCUACUGAAUAUUUCUAGGAAAAAUGAUAUAUAAAUCAGACAAAAUCAGAAUAGCCUUGGUUGAAGAGUUGCUAAAUCCCUGGCACUAGCAGAGACUACAUUGGUAUCUCUAUGUGCAUAUAAAAUUAAAGAGAACAGAUUAUAAAAACUCACAAACAAAUUCAUAAUACUGGCUAUCCCUGGGUUAGUGAGGAUGGAACUGAGACUAGGAGUUGGGAAAAAAGUACUUCUGCACAAUUUUAUUUCUUAUAUAAAAAGUUUGAAGUAAAUAUAGCAAAAUAUAGAACAGUUGUCAAUUCUGGGUGGUGGGAGACACAGGUGUUGUAAUAGUUCAGUACUUUUUGUACUCAUCCUAUUUCUCUAAGUCAAAAAUCAAAUCAAAUCAGUGUCCACUGACCACAUUUCGAAUUCUAGUAUUUUGUGAUUUUGUAAGAUACCCUCUUUGAAUCUCAGCUUUCUCAUUCAUAAGAUAAGAAAGUAGGUUUAGGUGAUCUCUAAGAUCCUUUGGAUUCCAAAAAUUCCUUUUCUGGUAAGAAAAUAAUAACAGGGGUGGCUAGUUGACAGGGAAAGCAGAACCUAUUAUUUUAAGACCAUAUGCUGGAAGGUAGCAGGUUGGUGCUGAGCCUCUCUUCAAAAGAAAUGUGAUGGCUUUGUCUUUCUCCCAAUCUCUAAUAAUUAUUUAUAGGCACAUAGUUCUCAAGUGCUAAUUUAAAAAUCUAGCAUUUGAGAAUCACCUUCAGUAUGUCUCUGGCUUAGCACAAAUUACCACUUUAAUUAAGAGGAAAGUGGUGGUAUAAUGAAAGGUGGUUUGGAAAUUAGAAGAUCUAGGAUUUUAGUUCUGUCUAUGAUACACUUUGGAAACCCUGGUGGCGUGGUGGUUAAAAGAUAUGGCUGCUAACCAAAAGGUCAGCAGUUCGAACCCAGCAGGCACUCCUUGGAAACCUUAUGGGGCAGUUCUACCCUGUCCUAUAGGGUCGCUAUGAGUCGCAAUUGACUCGAUGGCAAUGAGUUUUGGUUGGUUUAUGAUACACUUUCCCUGGAUGACUCCCAUCUAUUCACUUUAACCUCUCGGGCCUGAGUGUCCUCAUUUAUAAAGUAAAUCAGUGGAACUAGAGGAAUUUCAAUGACUCUUCUGUAAGACAAAAAGAAGCAAAUGUUGAUAAUAAGGCGACUCUGAGAAAAACCUGAAAAAAAUACCAAGAGAUAUGGAAUCUAAUAGGUGGAGCUCAUAGCCAAUACAGGGGUAGAAGAGCUUGCUUAGUCUUUAAAAAAAGUUAAGCCAUCUGGAAAUCAAGAGUCCUACAAUUUUAUUUCAAGGUGAAGUCAUUCUAUCAGUUCUUUCUCUUGGGACUCUUUUAGACAAUCUUUUCUUUAACCUGUGCCACAUGGAUGGCUCUGGUCUUGUGUUUCCUGGUCUCCUGAGCUUGUUCUGUACCUAUGGUACAGAUACUCCGAUACUCGGAUUGCUCUCCCUGAAAAUAUUCCUUGUCACUCCGGGGUUUUGUCUGGUUUCUUAACCACUUUUGUUUUCAGGAGCAUCUCUCAAAAGAGCACUCUGGGUAACUACCAAAAGCUUUGGUGCUGAAAAUCCUUCUGGCUGGAUAACUUCAUGUUUAUAGUAAAUAUUCCUUUUAUUCACCAGUGGUUACUGUAGAGUGGAGCUAAAAACUGAUUUAUAACUCUUAAAAAAAUAUAAAUGGAAUGCUUCUUUUCAGCAAUCAACUUUAAUUCUGUACUAUAAUUGUUAUCUUAUUUUGUUUCUUCUUAGCCCCAUCUCACACCUAUUUGCCUUUUCCAGAACCAUUUUCUGAAUUUAUAGUAGUCUUUCUGCCAUGAGAUGGUGAGAAGCUUCAGGCACAUGAUGAGCUAAUAAAUUGACAGUUUCUAGAUUAAAGCAAAUGCAGAGGCAAUGAUUAAAGAGCUUCUACGCUAGUAAAGUGAAUAAUAAGCACUCAGAGAUUGUCCUUGGAUAAAGGAUCCCUGUGGGCAUGUUUCAAAGUCCAUUCAGUGGCCAGGGGUUGGAAAGCUCUUCUAAAAGAUGAAUAUAUCGUAAAUCACUUGCUGUUCAGAUUUUUUCCCCCCUAAGGAGACAGAAGCUGAAGCCAUUGAAGCCAUGACUCAGCUUGCCAAGACUUUAAAUCUGUGGUUCCAGGAAGUCUAAGAAUUCUGAAGCUGAGACCACUGAGUUAUGUUCCCAGUAUCAAAUCCAGUCUGAACCUUGACACUCCCCUGGCAACCUGAGAGCACUAAAAUGACAGAGAUGGUUCUCUACACCCUCUAGCUUUUUUCUUUUCUUUUUUUUUUGAAUAAUUUCCAUUCUAUAUCAUGGAAAUUGUUGUGAAACUCAGAAAACGUCAUCCACUGACCACUUGAAAUCCCACAAACACAACCUAGCCAUUUUUGACAUUGCAUCCUUUCGUUGGCUUUUAACACCUGCCUUUGCAGAGCUGUUGAUUUUUCUUUCAUCAGAAGUCUCACCCUGAUUUGCUUAAAGUGUAAUUGUGAGAGAGAAGACAGAGCCUGGAUUAUUGUCACUGUUGAUGGACCAUGAAGGAGACAAAACCUGAUGACAGUGACAGGUGGGAGGAGAGGCUCCUCUGAGAUUGUAUUUUCUGAUCUACUGACAGUCAACACGUGUUCAUGGAAACCACACUCUGUCCUGGAUUUCCAUGUGAGGCCUUGGGAAAGGAGACUGAGGGAGAGAGGAGCAGAGAUAUAGAAUUAUCCCUGAGAGCGAUUGCAUUGCUCUUCUAGGGACUGGUUUCUCGUACCUCUAUUUAGUAACUUAGAAAAAGUAAAAGUCAUUUGGCUAAACUGAACUCCUAUUUUCCUGAUGAAAUACGUGGCCAUGGGUAGUUCAGUGGUAGAAUUAUCACAUUCCAUGAAGGAAAUCCAGGUUUAAUUCCCAGCCAAUGCGCCUAAGGCAUGGCCACUACCUGUCUGCCAGCAGAGGCUUGUGUGUUGUUGGGUUGCUCAACAAGUUUCAGAAGAGAUUCCAGGGCAAGGCAGACUAGGAAGAAAGGCCUGGCAAUUUAUUUAUAUCAGUCAAUGAAAACCCUAUGGAGCACAACAGUCAACAGCACUGGGCAGCAUUUUUUUCCAUUGUGCAUGGGGUACCCAUGAGAGGGGGCUGGAUUGACGGCAGCUAACUGCCAGAACUAACAACAUCUAUCAGAAGUAAAAUGUCUUGAUGUUAGAAUUGAUGAGGGGAUUAUACAGAUUAUUUAGCCCAUCCUUCUCAUUUAAAUACAAGGAUACCUUAUCCAGUGGCAGCCUAAGAAUCACACAAUCAUUGAGAAUCAGAGUUUCAAGUUGAAUAUGACUUCUUCACUGCCAGGCUGGUGCUCAGCUUGAGCUCUGGGGUUAGACUGUGAGAAAUUUCAAUUCCAGCCCAUUUCAUUUAGAGUUGGGUACUCAUGGACACAUUACUUAAGCUCUCUGUGCCUCAGUUUCCUCAUCUGUAAGUUAGAGAUAAUAUCUAUUCCAUAGGAUGGUUGUAAGGAUUAAAUGUUAUAGGCAAAGUGCUUAACAGUGUCAGGAGCAUGUUAACACAACAUAUAUUAACUAUUACUAUAUUGAAACCCUGGUGGCGUAGUGGUUAAGUGCUACGGCUGCUAACCAAAGGGUCAGCAGUUCGAAUCCACCAGGCCCUCCUUGGAAACUGUAUGGGGCAGUUCUACUCUGUUCUAUAGGGUUGCUAUGAGUCGGAAUCAACUCGAGGGCACUGGGUUUGUUUUUUAUUGUUACGGAAACCCUGGUGGCAUAGUGGUUAAGUGAUAUGGCUGCUAACCAAAAGGCCGGCAGUUUAAAUCCACCCGGCUCUCUUUGGAAACUCUAUGGGACAGUUCUACUCUGUCCUAUAAGGUCACUAUGAGCCAGAGUCGACUCAACAGCAAUGGGUUUGUGUAUGCCAGCUCUUUAGAUGCAUGAAGAAGAUGAAGGUAAUUCCACUGAGUCUUCUACAAGUUUCUCCCUCAUAGGAAGUGGCUUGAGUCAUCUUCCUCUGAAGAUUCCUCUGAUUGUCAAUGUCACUCAAAAGUCUGUUCCCUGGAUAUAAAAGCUGCCUUCAGAUGUUUGCCAACAAAGCAAAAAAUAGCAGGACCAUUGUCUGCCUCCAUCAUCAGUUGGCAUAAGCCUCUCAUCUCUUUCCUUGGUCUUCGAUUUUCCGUUCUACUUUUAAAUUUACUUGUGAGUUUAUUCUUCAUUAAGCUUACGUACUCAUCGUACUCUCUUUCUUGCAUCUAUGCUAUUAAAAAGUGUAGCACAUACAAUACCAUCAAAACAGAAAACACAGAUACGUAAAGGAAAUUGUAAUUCAUUUGUAUAAAAUUUGUAUUUAAGACCCAAUUCUGUUGGUGCAAAUACAUAUAUAUUUUUUCAAUUCUGAGUGAACUUAGUCACUUUAAGUUUGAACUCCUCCAAUCCAUGAAUUCCAUUGUCUUCUUCUUUGAGAAGAGUCCAUUGAAACUCUGAGAAGGCUUAUGUUACAUCGUGGGGAAAACAUCUGGGCCUAAGUUGUAUCAGUAAAAGCUGGUAUUAGCUGAGGUGUUUUCAUUUCUACCUACCAACAUGAAUGACCAUGUACUCCACGCCUUCCCUCCUUACCACAGACAACCCCUCCAAGUGUAUACUAGAUCCCACCUCCUCCUGAAAGUAAAAUAUACAAUUCUCACUUAACAUGUCCCAGACCAAUUCUUGAUAUCACCUGUACCCUACACCUUCUCCUUUCUCAGUUUUCCCAACUUUUGUUAAGGGCAUCUCUAUUCUAUUUGGUCAGGUCGUAAACCUUAAAGCUACCCUUGAUCUUUUUCUCAUAAUGCACAUUUAGCCUAUUAUAAAGUGCUGUUACUUCUAUAAUCCAGAUACUUCUAGAAUCCAACCCCUUAUGUUCCUGUACAAUGCAGCACCCUCCAAGCAACCAUGGUAUCUCACCUGGAUUCUUGUAACAGCCUCCUUACUGCUGUCUGUUUCCCCUUUGACUCCUACGAGCUAUUUUAUUCCGAGCAUCUAAGGUUAACCCACUAGAGAUGAAAUGAGACUUUGUCACCCCUCUGCUCAAAACAGUGACUCACUCAGAGUAAGAGCCAAAGUCUACAAUGGCCCACAUGUCUCCACAUUAUCUGGAUGUGUGUGACCUAUCUGAUAUUCAUUUCCCCUAUUCAUCUUUAACUCAUCACAAGAAACUAUACUGGCCUCCGUGGUGUUCCUUCAAUACUUUAAAAAUGCUUCUACCUCAGGGCCUUUGGACUGGCUAUUUUCAGGUAUCUCCAUGGCUUUCCCUCAACCACUUAUGGUCUUUGCUCACUGAGAACUUUGCUGAUUAUUAUAUUUAAAAUUGUUUCUACAAUCUAGUACUCUCCUCCCAGCCUUUUUCAUCUUUCUCCAUAGCACUUAUCAGCUUCUUACAUGCUCUUCUGUUGUGUUCCUUUCUGUCCCUCCCCAUCUGCCCAUCAUCAAAAUGCUUUAUGAAGUGAGAGAUUUUUAUCUUUUUUUUUUCUUUCCAUUAAAGUAUCCCAAGUGACUAGAACAGUAUCUGGUACAUAAAAACCAAACCAAACUUGUUGCCGUCAAGUCAGUUUCGACUCAUAGUGACCCUACAGGACAGAGUAGAACUGCCACACAUGGUUUCCAAGGAGCAGCUGGUGGAUUCGAACUGCAGAACUUUUGGUUACCAGCUGAGCUUUUAACCACUGCACCACCAUAGUCAGCACUCAAUAAAUACUUGCUAUUGAAAUACCACCAAGUCUUUUCACAUAUAUUCCGUAUCACUUUCGGCUUUGACAUUGCCUUUUCAUGACCAUGAGACUCUCCCAGGUCUACAAUUGGUCCCUGAGCCCUUUGAAUAGAUGAAGACAAUUUCUAGAUACCUUCUCAUGCCGCUCUGAGGAAGUAGACACAUCUGACUCUUCUCUUUGGCCUUUUUGCCCAGACUUGAUAUAGCGUUACUCAUUGCUCAGUGCUGCUCCUCUGUGCUGGCAUGUGUUACCCUAGGACCCAGCCAGAAUCCAUAUGGGAGUAGGUCCCAGGUCAUCUGUAAUCUCAGAUCACCUCAUGCUGAGAAAGUUUAAUACUUUAAUUUUAUACUUAGUUUAAACACCCCCCCCCCCACCCAACUCCUUGAAGUUAACCACUGAGUGGGGAGAAUCACAUUCCCAGAAACCUCUUAAGCUUCUCAUUAGCAUUCUCACACCUCUUCCCUUUCCCCAAAUUUGUAUCUAGCCAUGGUCAAUAUGAAAACCAAUCUAUGCCUGUUGUUUCUAUGUCAGAACUAAUCUAUGCCAAAAUCUUCAUUAUUGAACCUGACAAGACCCAGGCUCUUACAGGUCCAACAACAUUUUCUCUGGAAGUUUUCCUCUCUGCCAUGGGCUUCAAAAGCCUAUUUUGAAACUCAGAAGUUGAGCCUUUGAUCAUCUCUCAUGUGUGAUUUUCUGCAGUAACAACCCACCCCGAAGAUAUGAUACUGAAGAGCAUAGCUUCAAAAUCGGAGAAAUUGGAAGGACAUAACACAUCAACUACUAUUUUGUAAUAUUAUUUACAUCCUAGAAAAUAGUGGUUCGAAUUACUUGACAAGGAGGAAUGGCUAACCAACAUUUAGAAUCUAGAACCCCCACAUCCCCAGCCUUUAACUAAUUCAGGCACUCCUGCUGCAGAGUUCCAAGAGAUAUGUUAAGAAGACCCUCCAGACAAAUGCAUAGGUCUCCUUAUUCCUAUAUUAUUAACUUCCUGUCCAGGUGAAAUCAUAGGACUCUUUAUUCCUGUAUGAUUGAUCUCCUGUCUGUGUAAGUUGAGAUAAUCAUAUGUCAGUCAAAGAACUCCUUUUUGCCCCUAGCAUCUCAGGUAGUGAUUAGAGGCUCCGUGGUAAUUUAAGGCCCUUUGUUGCCUUCUCCUGUAUGGACAGGAAGUCUUCCUAAGGGAUGUGCAUUAUGAAGGAAUAGCCAGAAGACCCAGGAUGGCAAGGAACUUGCUUGGCCAGUUCAGAGUGCUUUCGUAUUUCUUAAUGGUCUGCCAAACUGUUAAGGGUGGUGACAUCCUCCUGGGUGAAAAAUACAAGGCUAUUUCACCUCUCUUUGUGUAUAAGCCAUGGCAGAACCUUUCUAUAAGAGUGCAUGGGGAAAAAAAGAAAUCAAUACAUUGUUAUCGAUCAUUUCCUUACCAAUUACUAUUUAAACUAUUCAAGUAUGUGGUGUUUACUGGGUCCUAACCUCAAGACCAGGUGAAGAAGAAUGUGUGUUGCCGCUUAAUAAAUAUUAAGGUAGUCCCAGAGCUGGAGUCAAGCCAAGGAUGCAUGGUCAGAAGGAGGAAGACAACAAUAUGUCUCAGACGAGAGGGUAAAAUUGCGGAAAUAGAGAAAAAGAAAAAUACCAGUGGCUGGGAGAGACAAGAGACAUCAAAGAGGAAGAUUUAACCUGGGGACUGAAUUUCUAGCACAUCUUACCUCUGCAUCCCAAUUCUACCAUAAUCCACCGUGAGCUCAGGUAAUGCCAACUCAUUUUCAUAUCAGCAAAAGGGAUUAGAAGGUAAAUCUUCAGAAGGGGAAAAAAGUUCAUGAUGCAUUUUAAAGCCGAAUGCAGAAUAAAUGAUUUUUUUAAUCCACUCUUUUGUAUUAUUCAUGCCUCAGCUCCCUUGUCAUGGCCAUGAAUAAAUGAAAUUUGACAAAUGCUGUGCAACCCAUGGUGGCCCAGAAUCACCCUAGAAGCUGAAGAUCAGCUGCAAUCCAUUCCAAGGGGGUAAUAGAAGGUGAGCCUGAAGGCCUUGGAGAUCAUCAAAAUCAGAGUUUCUCAACUUCUUUAAGCUCUCUUUGAUAAACCUGGAGCCUUGGUGGCACAGUGGUUUAAGAGCUCAACUCUAACUAAAAGGUUGGCAGUUCAAAUCCACCAGCUGUGCCUUGGAAGCCCUACAGGGCAGCACUAUUCUGUUCUAUAGGGUCGCUAUGGGUAGGAAUCAACUCGAAGGCAAUGGGUUUGAUAAAUUUAAAGAUCACAUACCUAUAUUUAAUUGUAUUUGAAAUUCAAAGUAAGUUAAAUAUUGUAGCAAAAAAAGUCAAAUCAGAAUCACGGGACAAAAUGUGCUGCUUUGUAUUCUUACCAGGCAUUCCUCCCUAGAACUUUUAGAGGUCCUCUUUGAGAACCAUGGAUGGACCAAAGAUGGACAAGUGGGACAGAGUAGCUGAAGCUGGGGUCUGGGGACCACAGUUUCAGGGGACAUCUAGGUCAAUUGGCAUAACAAAGUUUAUCAAGGAAAUGUCCUGCAUCCCGCUUUGGUGAGUGGCGUCUAGAGUUUUAAAAGCUUGCAGGUGGCUAUCUAAGAUGCAUCAAUUGGUCCCAGUCCACUUAGAGCACAGGAGAAGGAAGAAAGCUAAAGACACAAGGAAAAUAUUAGCCCAAGAAACUAAAGGACCACAGGUACCAGAGACUCAACCAGACUGAGACAAGAAGAACUAGAUGGCGUCCAGGUACCACCAAUGACCACCCUGACAGGGAACACAACAGAGAGUCCUAGAUAGAGCAGGAGAAAAGUGUGGAGCAGAACUCAAAUUCACAUUAAAAGACCAAACUUAAUGGUCUAAUAGAGACUGAAGGAACCCCCAAAACUAUGGCCCCCGGAUGCAUUGUUAACCCAACACUGAAACCAUUCCCAAAGCCCACUGUUCAAAGAUUAGACAGGACUAAAAAAACAAAAAAUAAUACACCUGAGGAAUGCGCUUCUUAAUUUAAUCAGAUACAUGAGACUAAAUGGGCAGCUCCUGUCCAAAAGCAGGAUGAGAAGGCAGGAAGAGACAGGAACUGGUUGAACGGGCACAGGGAACGCAGAGUGGAAAGGGGGAGUGUGCUGUCACAUUGUGGCGAUUGCAACUAACAUCACAAAAUAAUACGUGUAUAAAUUUUUUUUAUAAGAAAUCAACUUGAGCUGUACACUCUCACCUAAAGGACAAAAAGAAAAGAAAAAUAUGUUCUGCGCCUGUUUUUGUAUGACCCGUGAGCUAAGAAUAAUGGCAUCUACAUAGUUAACCCAUUUUAAAAAAGUCCAAAAGAAGAAAACCAUUUCAUGACAUGUAAAAAUUGUAUGAAAUUCAAAUUUCAGUGCCCUUAAAUAAAGUUUUGUUGUAAUACUGCCAUACUCACUCUUUUUUUCCUGUGGCUGCCUUUGCACUUCAACAGCAGAGUAAUUACAGCAAAGAUUAUAUGACCAGCAGAGCCUGAAAUAUUUACUAUCUGAUUAUUCCAAAUAUAUCUGUAUAUCUAUAUAUACGGAUAUUUAUCUAUCUAUAUAUAUACAGAGAGAGAGAGAGGAAAGAUUACUGGUGAAAGUCAAUGUCUUCCUUUAAAGAUGAUAAAACGAAAACCCAGAGAAAAGUAACAUCUCAAAGUCACAGAGAAGUCAUGUGGCAAAGACAACUUGAGGACACAGUCAUCUGAAUCCCAUCUAGGGUCUUUUCUCACCAUGCUGUACCACCUGAGAGUCCCAAGGAUAAUAGGCAGGGGGCAAGAAGUAACUAAGGGCUCGGCUGCUAACUGAAAGGUCAGUGGUUUGAACCCACCCAGCAGCUCCUCAGGAAAAAGACCUGGCAAUCUCCUUCUGUAAAGAUUAAACAGAAAAAAACCAAACCCAUUGCCGUCGAGUCAAUUCUGACUCCUAGCGACCCUACCCAAAAAAUCCUAUGGGACAGUUCUACUCUGUCACAUGGGGUUGCCAUGAAGGCACCCAACAACAAGCAGUGACUGAGCAGACUGCUGGAACCAGAGCCACUGUUCAAAGGCUUUCAGGACAAUGAAUGAAUAAUGCAUUUCCUGAAGAGCAGGAGAAGAAAGAAAAACACUGAUUUCGAUCAGGAAGGUGUGUGUGGCAAAUUCACUUUGCCCUAGCCAUGCCCUGAUGGGGCAAUGUGCCCUACUGCAAGAUUUUCUGUCCAAGGACCCACGUGCUGUUUGUACGUUUUCUUAUCUUACCAGUGCAAUAUGAGAGCCCACAGAGACAGAGUUGUGGAACUUUUCAUGGUGGGGAGGACAUGGGGGGAAAAAAAACAGAGAAAAAAAAAUAACCUGGAGGUAGAGGGGAGAGGUGGGCUCAAUUUUCUGCUGGAGGCUAUGUUAUUUAUUUAUUUCAGACUGGCGUGCAUCUCCUUUGUUUUGAAUAAUGGAGAUAAUUAUACAUUCAGGGAAUCACACUCUAAACCUCCUGAACAAUUAAGAAAUCUUAUUACAGGCAAUCAUGAGAAAAUGUAAGGGAGGUUUAGACAGAGGCACAAUGAAAAUCGCACUUUUUCUAGUCCCCUGCUUAGCACAGAGACCUAAUCACUGUUCUCCUUUCUUUCCCAUGGGCUAAUUGUGUUUUUUUUGUUUUUUUUUUAGGCCUCUCUCAGGACAAGGUGCUUGUCUCUCCUAAGCCCUGUGCAUGUGAAGUCAGGGGUUUGGAUGGAUCCCUCUUGGGAAACUGCUGCCUCAGUGAUUUUGACAUUGACCUGUAAGUACAGCUCUCUAUGUGGGAGCUAGCGGCAUUCGCCAACAACUAGGAGUAGAACAAAAGCUCUCAUUAUACUCAGGCUGCAAGGGCCUUUGUACAGGAAGAAAGAAGCCCCUUGCAUCAUUGACUCAUUCAACAGGUAAUUAUUGAGCAGCUACCAGAUGGCAGACUUUAUUCCAGAAUAUGGGAAUAUGGCAAUAAGGAGGGAACAGAAUAUAGUCCCUGAUGUCAAUGAAACUAUGUUUAGUCAGGCCAGGUAGAUAAAUAAGGAAAUAGGAAAUCCCAAUUUGUGUCAUAACAGAUAUGUAAAAAGUAGGCACAAAUUGUUCUGGGGCUGUCAGGAGAGGCUAAGAGACUUAAGGAAGAAAUGGAAACUAACCAGGAAAAAAGGUUAGAGGAGGUAUUUGGAAGGUUUUUAAUCAUAAUGGUGGGUAGUUGAUAGAAUUAGAUUUGUCUUUUCUUUGUUACCAUUAAACAACAUCUCCCUCUCUGGAAACUACACUGUCUGACCUACUAAUCCCUCAGCUGCAUGGUAUAACAAUAAUAAAAACCAAACCAAACCCAUUGCCACUGUGUCGAUUACAACUCAUAGUGACUGUAUAAGACAGAGUAGAACUGCCUCAUAGAGUUUCCAAGGAGCACCUGGUGGAUUCAAACUGCUGACCUUUAUGGUAAGCAGUCAUAUCGCUUAACCACUAUGCCACCAAGGUCUCCAAAGAACUGGCAUGGAGGAGGGAUUAUACUUGUGUUCUGUGACCCUAAGAAAUAAAUUAAGACUACUGUUGUGAAAGCUCUAGGAAAAAAAAAAAAAACAAA